ACGUGUUGGAUGCUGGUAGCAUGGUAGUUUGAUAACGCGGAAUAUUCUGUGUUGAUUAUAUCAUCGUAAUUUACGAUUCGUAAAUCGUUUUUUUUAAUAUAGUUAUCAUUGACAAAGUGUUGUACAGAAAAUAAUAAAAUAUAUUUAUUAAUUAUUUUUUACUAUUUUUAAUUAUCGUUGUCCAUAAAAAAAUCUGGAAUACGUGAAUACCUAACACAAAUAAACAUUAAAAAAUUUCAAAAUUGUAUUGCUGACAACUGACACAAGUGACAACCGACUUACCGUUGCAUACUCACACGGAAUCAAAGCAAAAAAUAUGACGUCAACUGCAGGCCAACAGAAUAACAAUGUACAAGAGUUUGAGUGCUGCAUAAUGGACCUAAAAACUAGAAAACUGUCUGGACGGUCGGACGCUGAUGGCAUGAAAAACGCAACAGACGCUUUCCGUUGGCUUCGGAACAACUCACCCCGGCUUGAUGAUGCCGGCAAAUGCCAACUAUUGGAUUCAGAACUGAUUGAAACCUGUUUAUGGUACUGUGACACUUUUUUUGCCAAUGAGCCGUUGAGCCGCAGUGUAUUGCUACAGUUUUUGGCCAACUUCUCUGUGGGCCACGAGAGCGCUCAACGCCAGAUAUUUGGAGGUUUCUGCGGCAUGUUAAGACAUUUUAUUGUAUCUUCUGGGGAUUCCAAACUGUUGAACAAUUCAAUGAUGCUACUGUAUAACCUGUGUUUGUGUGAUGUCAACUUCAGAGAGAAUAUCUUAAAAGAUGUUAAUAUAGUUCAACAAAUUAUGACUCAUUGGACUCAAAAUGAAAUAGAAUAUAGUAAAAUAUUUUUAGAUUCAAUCUUCUCAAAUUCAAAAGAUUUUUUAUUAGUCCAUAAAAAUCUUCCUGAUACUUCUAAAAAUCAAUUAAUGAACAUUAUCUCCAUUUGGCUUGACCAUUAUCAUGAGGAAGUGUCUUUAGAAGUCAUUGUUGUAAUAAAAAACAAUUUUUUUAUCAAUUGUGAUGUAGAAAAAAUAACAAGUCAUGUAGUGAAUGUUCUCGCUAAGGCUUCAAAUAUAGAAAAAUUCAAUUCUGAAAUCAAAAAACACACUACUCUACUAAAAAAAAUUAUGGAUUUGUUGGUAUUCAUACAUAAGCUUGCCAAGGAUAAUGAUGGUUCAGAAAAUGAAUUUAGUCGUGUGAAGGAUCUAUCUGCUCUGUUUGAUUCAGAAAUACAAACACAUAAUUGAUUUUGGUUCAAAUCAGAUCUUAUAAGAUUGAUAGCAAAUAUGUGUUAUAACCACCAAGAACAUCAAAACCUAAUGCGUACUGACAAUAUUAUUCCCAUACUGUUAGAGUGUUGUUCAUUUGAUGCUAAAAAUCCAUUGAUGCGAGAAUGGAGCUUAUUUGCACUUAGAAAUAUUUUGGAAGGAAAUCUGGAUAAUCAAAAUUUUGUGGCUAAUAUAGAUUCUGUUGGAUCCAUUGAUACUGAAUCAUCAGUUACACUAACCGAUACACUUAAAAUGGCUUCAAUUAAGAAUUCUAUUUCAGAUAGCGACACUAUGUUCAUCUAAGUUAAAUAAUCAGUUUUAGUUCUGAUUACCACAUACCUACUUUUUAUAACCAAUGUUAAUGUUAAUUGUUCAUAUAUUAUGUAAUUUUAUACAGUAUGAUAAUAAAAUAUUUUAAUCUAUCAA